AUACACAACUCCUCCACUGAUUCGUCUCUCCCAAGUGACUGGUGGCCUAAAUAGCUCCCUCCACUGGUCACUCAUUUUUAUCCCGCAACGUCCCAAUUCUCUCUCUCUCCCCUCUUUAUCCCUCUACACUUUUCCUCCCUCUUAUUUUUUACUUCUUGUUCUGAUUCGAAUAUCUUUGAUUCUACUUCGGCCCCAACCUCACAUCUUUUUCAACAAAAUAAUCAUUCAGUUUCGUCUUCUCCCUCUUUAUUCAGCUCUCUCUCUCUCUCUCUCUCUCUCUCUCUGCAUUAUUCAUUUCCCUGUUUUUGAUUCCAAAUUGCUUUUUCAGCCCUCAUUACAUCUCCGAACUACCCACCCCAAUGAAGAAGAUUGUCUUGAAAUUGGAGUUACAAGAUGACCAAGACAAGAGGAAGGCCCUGAAGACAGUGUCUACUCUUGGAGGAAUUGAUUCUAUCGCCAUAGACAUGAAGGGCAAGCAAUUGACAGUGAUUGGAACAGUGGAUCCAAUAACUAUAGUGAGCAAACUGCGCAAAUUUUGGGCAACCGAUAUUAUCCUAGUAGGACCGGCAAAAGAGCCAGAGAAGAAAGAGGAGGCAAAGAAAGAAGAACCCAAGAAAGAUGAGACAAAAAAUGAGGAAUCAAAGGAAGAGGCAAAGAAAGAAGGGGAAGCCAAACAGGAAGAGCCCAAGAAAGAAGAUGAGAAGAAGGAACCUGUGCUCGGAGUCAUUCCUUACCGGCCAUAUUAUCCUCCGGUGAGCACAUAUUAUUAUGCUCAUCAAAGCAUGGAAGAGAAUCCAAAUGGGUGCGUUAUCUGUUAAUUCUGUACGAAAAUAUGUCACUGCUUUCUUAAUUUAGUUGGUAUCGGGUUUGUGUCAUUUUGAUGCGAGUUCAAGGGCACACCUAUGAACAAUGAUACCAAAUGUGUAUAGUUGGUGUUCCAUAGAUCUAGUCAAAAAGUUAAGGAAUAGUAGAGAGAGGCAUACAAUUUUGGGUAUUGUUUUCAAUAUGAACGCUUUCUUUCGAGUA